UGACUGCUCGUAAAUUUAUGCCAACGGAAUUUUUAGUGUCGUUCUACGAGGUGGAAUGCGGUCUUUAUUGCUUCCUUGACACUGUAAAGGCAAACGCUUUUCCUGAGGAUAAUGUUAGCUCCCGUGGUGCUCUACGGUCUCAUUUAAAAGUUGUUCUCACGUUUUAAGAGCUACAAACGGAUAGCGCGUUCUCUGAUAUUACACAGGAGAACGGUAAUUUUCAACAGCAGUAUAUUCUUUGUGUACAUAAAGAGGAAAUCUUGGCGACCCAUUCAGAUGAAAAAAUUGAACACUGGUCUCUGGUCUCGUAGAAUAAAAGAAACUACGGAGUUGGAUUUUAACCUAUAUACAAUGCCGUUCUGAAAGUAUAAAAAGAAAAUAUAAUCGUCGCAAAAAUGUUGUAAGGGAAGAAGAGUUAAAUGGGGGUCGUAUGUUCCCGGGAUUACAAGCGGGUUGUUGGAAGCAAGAUAGAAAGCCAGUCGAGAAGUUCUUCAUCAAACGCUUCCUCCACGCAAACUACGGCGACCAUGAAGACUCUCCAGUCCGCGUCCGUAUGGAACCCGUUUCAAAUCUCGAGAAAAGAGGCAGAAGACCUGCUUCUGAACUCAGACCCCGGUUCUUUCGUGUUUUCCCAUGAUCUUGCAUCUGAACUCUUCAUAUCUUUAAGUAGUGUUGGCAAGUACGUGUGUCAUCACGCCAUCAUGUCACGUGAUCACGGGUACUAUAUCGGAGCCAUGAGGUUUGAAAGCGUCGGUGACGUCAUCGCAUACUACAAGGAGCAUCCCCUGGGGGAGGUGACGCUUACUGAAGAGUUCCGUCAACCGUUGCCGUUGGCAUCAACGACAAUCCAAACAAAACCACACCCAGACUUCUCCAUCUCCUCUCCCGCAAGUCGAAGCAACACAAGCGAGACGAACAGCGCCUCGGAAGACAACGGGCGAAAACCCAAUACGAUCACCAUGGCAACAGGAAAUGGCAUUCACAGGCCCUCACCCAUAGAAGAGGAAAACUCAUCCGAAUCGGAAACGGAGGAGCUUUUAAGAGAAGAUAAAAUGAACUCUGAUAAAGAUAUGUUGCUUGCUCCAGACAAAAGUAAAAGUCAGACACUUCCGUUAUCUAGGAAAGUGUUGCUUCGAUCAGAGGCGAUUGAUCGACAAGAGAUCGAUACAUCGGGCGUCGAUCAAGAGAUACCUAGCUGCAUCACGCCCUUACUGCCACGAAAACACAGGGAGCCCGAGGAAUUCACAACAUACACCAUGGACACGGAAUUACACAGUGUGUUGCCUAGCAACGCUUAAUUUUUACAUAACUUUAUAAGUAGAAAGCCUUAAUCUAGUGAUCUCCGAAGACACAACUCUCUCGUGCAACAAGCAGCUCUCUCGUGCAACAAGCAACUCUCUCGUGCAACAAGCAACUCUCACGCAACAAGCGACUCUCACGCAACAAGCGACUCUCUCACGCUGUAUAUAGGGAUACGUAUAGGGAUAUUUUGAGGGAUAUACUUACAUUCCCAACUUGUACAUUUUGACUGCGACAACAUAAAUUCUCGAGGUACCCGAGAGCAUUCUUUUUGUCAAGUGGUCUUAGAUCCGAUCUCCCAAAGUUUUUCUAACAAUAUGUAGUAGGGGUAUCAUGUUGUCUUUGUAAAAGAAACAAAAAGUGGAUAAUUGGA